AAAAAAAACCGAACCGAAAGUGCAAAACCGGACCGAACCGAAACUGGUUCAGUUCAGUUCGGUUUCUGGGGUCCGAAAACCGGACCGAACCGGACCGAACCGAAGUAUGGAAAAACGACGUCGUUUUUCUCUUGACUUGAACGGUGUCGUUCGUUCGUCCGCGCCUGCCUUCCUUCCUUUCCUUCAAUUCAAUCCUUCUUCACUCUGUCUGAACUCUGAAACCCUAGAACCGAAAACCCAUUCCUUUCCUAUUCCCUUUCUCUUGAACGGUGUCAUUCCAAAUCUCUCUCACCAUCUCAGCGACUUGUCUCUCACUCGCCAUCGUCGUCUCAGCUCAGCGAUCUUUCUCUUAUCCCUCUCACUCGCCGUCGCCGUCUCACUCUCAAUCUGAAUCUGUCACCCUUGCCUGCGACCCACGACUUCCUCUCGCCGUUUCAAGGCUCAAGUCUCGACCCACAAAUUCCCUCAUUUGCAAGAUGAAGUCAAGUGCAUCAAAGGCCUCGAGCUCAAGCUCAAACUCAAUGAGAUCAUCAAAUAGCUCCCGUGAAAAAAUGAACUCUUCAUCUACGUCUACUCCAUCGCAAGUAAGUUGUCAAACUCAAGGCAUUGUUGGUGAAUCAACUUUACCUCAACUCCCCAUGGUGGCAACUCAACACACUUCUCUUACUCAUAGUGAUCAAAAAUGGCAAGGGGAAGCUCAAAGAAAGGUGCUAUGUUGCCUCCUAGGCCGCCUAUGCGUUGAGCUUGAGCUUGAAGACUUGAAGAUUUUAUUUGUGCAAGACAUGAAGUGAUGAAACCUUGAAGGUUUAUUUGACGAUGUUUAAAUUUGGACUCUUUGAAGACUUAAACUUGAUUGAUGAUUGAUUCUAUUUCUAGUUGGACUUUAAGUUUUAUGAGACUUUAUAUGUAGAGAUGGAAACAUGUCAUAUUUUCUAUUUCUAUAU